AUGGAACAGGGGUCCCCAACCUUCCGGUACCAGUCCAAGCGCCGCGGCCCAAGUCGUGGGAGGGAGGCGAGACCCGGGAAGCGAAGCUCAGAGAGGAGAGAGCCGAGAGGCAAGGAUGGGCCCAUCCUUGGAGCUCUCUCGCGCGCCUACUGGUGGCCGGAGGAGAACACGCCCGCGGAGGCCUCCCGGCCCGCCCCUCCCCUCGGGAGUCUCGCGCUCCCGCUGCUCGCGCCUGCGCUGCCCGCCGGUCUCGGGAGCGCGCCCUCUUCGCUCGUGCGCGCGCUCGCAGUCUCCACAACCCACCAGCUCAGGCACCAGCAGCAGCGCCGCCGCCGCCGCCGCCCACCUUCUGCCACCGACACCACAGCCACCUUCUCCUCUGCUUCCCUCUACUGUCCUCGCCCUCUGUCGACUAUCAGGAUGGAGCUCUCUCCAUGCCAGGGUGUUCGCUUCUCCCCUGUCCUCCUCACAAAGGGGUCAGCUUCACACAGCGUGCUCCGGGACACGGUUUUGGCCCCGUCUCCAGGAGUCACGGGACCAGGAGAUGACCUCACCGGCUACACCAUCUGCCCUGCCUGGCCAGAGGCUGCAUCGGGAGGGCCAAGGGGGCACCGUGUGUCGUUGGAUCCAAUGUGGGGGUGGGGCUCUGGGCCCUGAGAAGCUGUUUAGUCUGAAAAUACAAACAGCAUACAGAAAGGUUUGGCUCAAAUAAUGGGUGAUAAGGUUGUCAUGAUAACAACCACGGCGUUUACCAUAUUAACUCGUUUCAUCCCCACACCUUACAGACGAGGCGACGGAGGCUCUGAGAGGUUGAGUGACUUACUCAAGGUCACGCAGCUAGGAAGCGGCGGAUCUGGAGUGGAACCUAGACAGCCUGGCCCCAAUGUGGGCUCCACGCCCCCGAAAUGCACUGUCGACUCCGACCCUGAUGCUGUGUGGGCACCUCCGUCAAGGGGGUAACUCAGGGACGGUGUGCUUGACCUGGGUGGCAUUUGUCCCGUGGAUUCAAAGGACACUAUUUGUUUUCCGUCCUUCCAGCCGUGCUGAGUUCAGGUUGCUCAUUACUGAGAGACAUUGCUGAUUAGAGACAGACGCCGCCGCCGUCCUCCUGUGCCCCGCGUCCUUCAGGGUGUGUCCUCAGACUCAAAAAAUAGCAAUGAAAGCAUCCUCAAAACUACCACCUUCCCUUCCUCGUUUCCUCUCCCCUCCACUUCUUCCUUGUUGUUCCAUCUAAUGAAAUGUUGUGGCAAAAAGAGCCAGU